CUCACAGAGGCGGCUUAGCACCGGCGCACGGACCGCGGAGGAUACGGCGCAGAAGAUGGCUGACUCGGCCGGGCACCGCGAACCCUCGGCGGGAUCCCCGGCGUCACUCGGGUCGCUGAAGAGCCGCAGGACCUCCGGCGUGUGGCGGCUGUAAACAGCUGCCGCCGCGUCUCUCCUUUCGCUUUCUCUCUCUCUCUCACACACACACACACGCGCGCCCCCCCCUCCUCCUCCGCUCCCCUCCUCACCGCAAAUAUUGACAGAAGUAUCAGAGAGAAAACAUGGCAGAAAUGGAAAAAGAGGGCAGACCUCCGGAAAAUAAAAGAAGCCGCAAGCCCGCGCACCCGGUGAAAAGGGAAAUAAACGAAGAGAUGAAGAGUUUUGCAGAGAAUACCAUGAAUGAGUUGCUGGGUUGGUACGGCUACGACAAGGUGGAGCUAAGGGACACCGAUAACCUGGAGAUUGGAGAGAUGCCGCAGCACAUCUCAGCGCUCAAAGAAAACUCGUUGCCAAAAAUCCCAGGUUCGACAGAGAGCAGUGAAGGCUCUCCAGACAGAGCCAACAGCUUCCUGUCCUUGCCAAACUCAAGAAAUGGAGUCUCCGAGCCAUCCAGCACUCCAUCCACCUCCACGCCCAGCACCAAGGAGCAUGGAAACAUGCCAGUAGUGGUGCCUAUGAUCCCUCCACCGCUUAUCAAGCCCCCAGCAGAUGAAGACACAUUAAAUGUGCAGAUUAUGUGCGCUUGGUGCCAGAAGGUCGGUGUAAAACGCUAUUCUCUGAGCAUGGGGAGUGAGCUGAAGAGCUUCUGCAGUGAGAAGUGCUUUGCUGCCUGUCGCAGAGCCUAUUUCAAGAGAAACAAGCUGGGAUAUAUAAGGACUUAUACAACGAGAGACGGCGGCGCCCUUGGAGGGAAAUUACCCCGGCACGUCUUUACUCAGGACGCUCCCCGGCUUGUCUUCAAGACAAACAGCGAUGUUCUUGUGUGUGACUGGUGCAAACAUAUUCGCCACACUAAGGAGUACCUGGACUUUGGCGCUGGUGAGCGCAGGCUGCAGUUCUGCAGUGCCAAAUGCCUAAACCAGUAUAAAAUGGACAUUUUCUACAAGGAAACCCAGGCUGCCCUGCCUGGAGCAUUGUGCAAUCCCGGUCAUGGAGCUGGAGGGGAGGGAAAACCAGAGUGCAGUGGAGGGGUGCAGCUGCUGACUCCUGAAUCCUGGGGAACACCACUGACAGAUCUUCGGCGUAAGGCUCCUUCACCAGGGAGCCAUUCUGGCACCUCUGCCUUGAUCUCCUCUACUUCUUCUGCCACCUCACCUUCAGAAACAGCAGCUGUGUGUUCCCCUUCCUCAUCCACUUCAGCCAAAAUCCCCACACCUAGACCUCAUGAAAGCCCAACACUUCCCCCUCCACCUGUUCCUUUGCACCCACCAGUGGGGGUUCCCUCUGGUAGCCCACCCAUGGUGAUGACACCCAGAGGACCUAUGCCCCUGCCUCUGUUCAUGGAACAUCAAAUGAUGCAGCAGAUCCGACCACCUUUUCUUCGCCCCUCUGCCCAUCCAGGGGGACCUAACAGCCCUCUUUCAAACCCCAUAAUCCCUGGGAUUGGUCCACCUCCUCCCCCAAGAACCCUUGGUCCAGCAUCAAGUCCCAUGCACAGACCCCUCCUUUCUCCACACGUCCACCAUUCAUCCAAUCCUAAUCCAGGUAUGAUCCCUCCUCACCCUGGCUUACCUAUACCAGGUCUGCCCCCUUUUCCUCCUGUCAACAUGAUGCCCAACGGACCCAUCCCUUUUCCCCCAAUGAUGAACUUUGGCAUGCCAUCCUUAGCCCCAUUGGUUCCCCCACCAACUCUGUUGGUCCCUUACCCAGUCAUUGUGCCUCUCCCAGUUCCAAUACCUAUUCCAAUCCCAAUCCCUUUUAACUCCAAGACUUCUAGGGACCAACCAGAGAGCAGUAGUUCUGUCCACAGCGCUCCAGAUUCUUCAGAAGCAUCAUCCUCUAGGGCUCACUCUCCAAGUUCUUCUGGAAGUGACAAAGGGGACCAUAAGACAGAGCCAGCUGGUGGAGAACAGGUUUCUCCUGUAUCUGGUGAGAGAAGCAGGACAGCGUUCAUGGACUUGACUGUGAAGGCAGAGGAUAAUCCAGGCAGUCUUUGUCUUUCCAGUGGCUCUGGACUGAUUGAUGGUGUAAUUGACCUAACUGUGGGCCAAAAGCCAGGCCAGCAGCACCUCAUUCAGAACAUGCUCGCUGGAGUCAAGGUCAAAGUGGAGGAAUUGAGAUCUCCACCAGCUGAUGGGUUUGGGAGGGAUUGUGUAGGUAGCAAUGCAGAGAAUGCUCUUUUACCACAGGGCAGUUUUACAGAACUGGAUACAGGCACGCACCUUAAGUCAUUGGACUCUGCAGCGCAACCUUCCAGCAAAACUGAUCUUCCAGAGAGUCAGAUAAGUCCUAAUUUUAAACCAGCGCUCUUGCCCACAUCAGUACGGACCCAGUCCUUAGCCCUUCCUCAGCUUCAAGCUAACUCUGCUGCCCCUUGUAAUGUAAUAGUCAAUGGCACUGGAUGGCAUUCCCUUCUCAAUCCAGACCGAAAAGGAGAGAGGGAUGGGGAGAACCCGCCAAAUAAUGGUGAUCUGGAGCGCGAGGCGCUGAAAGAAAACAAUUGUUCGGUGGGUGAGGCAGGGAAACGAAUAUCAGCACAAGAUGAGAAAGUGGACAUAAAAGUGGACAGUAAGCAAGACCCUGACUCCAGCAUGGAGGAGGGUGAACACGCCUACGCCCUGCCACUUCUCUCAGCGGGAGGUUGUGUCGUCAUCCAGCCUGUGCCAAAGCCUGCUGCUGACAAGACAGCCAUCCUGUCCUGCUCCAUCAGUGCACCGCUGUCAGCAGGUGGGAGCCCUGAGCUGGAGCCACCGCUGAAAAGGAGGUGUCUGCGAAUCCGCAAUCAAAACAAGUGAGAUGGAUGCUCUUAUAACCGCAGUGCCAUCAGCGACUCUCCUAUCUACCCCCAACCUCUAAAUCCCAUCACCCCAAGCCACAUCACUCCUCACUUUCACACAUGCACAUGUAGGUUGUUGUCAUCUCACCAUCUACCAGCACUACUAAUCGCCUUUCGAGAGUGACGAGAAUCCAAGAAAACUAAAUGACGUGAAUCAUAGCAGAGGAGACAGGGCUCCACUUGUCUUUAUGACACUCUUUGAGGGCCGUAUUUUAUAUAUAAGGGACGUUUUGGCCAGCAGGACUUCUUGACCUUUAACCUGGAGACAGUAAAUUCUUACAACAGGAGGAUUAACAGGCGUCCACAUCCCCUCUGGUUUUCUCAUUAUAUAAAGAUUAAAUCUGCAUCCCCAACCCUUUCAACACAAGCUCUGUUCAUAAAUAUUUUUUUUACUAUGGAGCAUCCUGUGAUAUUCAGACGUCAGCGUUGAACCUGUGAAAAGCUUUGACAUGAGAUGACACUAUAACUAAGGUACUAAAUGUCAGUGCUUGUAUUUUGUUUGAUCCUUUUUAAACUCACAUGUUUUGAAAUACAGAUAAAUGGGAAUUAGAAACAAACAUCAGAACAGUUCAUGCAGCUACUUUCUAAUGAGAGGAGUCAUAAAUCCUCUUGAAUAUCUACACUUUCUGUUUGGUUGGAUAAAAACAUCAAAUUGAUGAAAUGGGGACAGUGUUAAUGUCACCAGCCAUCUGCUGUUCAGAUUUUUUCUGUACAUGCAUUAUUGAGAAACAGAGUUAUCAAAAUUGACUUUCAUUAAUGUCAUAAGAGCAAAGGGAUGGGCUGAUACUUGCUCAGGCUCUUUUUUUUAAGCCCUUUUGUGCUCCUAAAUAAAUCUGCCAACCUCAGCCUUGGAAAUUUGUGUUUAACGUCUUCAUUAACAGUGAUGCUAGUAUUCACUUUUAUUGGUGUCAGAAGAGGGAUAGCCCGUUUACAAAUCUCAGUCUUUAACUGUGAGGGAAAACUUAGAACCAAACAAACAAUUUUCACCCAUUUACCAAUGAAGUCUGUAAGCUUUGUAAAUGGGACAUUAGUAAUUGUCCCCUUUUGUUCCUGUCUACUUUAAAAUGAAGAGGUACAUUUUAAACCAAAAGCUUAGUUGGUUAAUAAUUUGUUCCUAUUAAGUAAUGGCCAACUGUUCUUUAACAAUCACUUCCUAGUCAUUAAGUACUUGGCAUAAUUUCACUCAGAAAGACAUCAGUAACUAAAGGGUAAUUGCUUAUUUGCAAGUUUAUCUUUUUUUCUUCCUUCCCCAUUUGAAAAUGAUCAUUAAUUUACGUUCACCAAAUCAGUGACUGUGUAGCAAUAAACCAAGAUUACAUUUUGAUGGUAUUAAACUGACUAUUAAUAAAUGAUUAUUUAUUCAACUAAUCUCUGGCUAGUUGCUAAUGAUUCAUCAGUAGCAAUUAGAAACCGAUUGGGUAGGGCUAAUUAGCCGCUAAUGCUAACUGGUUCCUUUUUAUUAUUAAUAAUUUUGCUGUCAAUAUUAGCAAUAAAGCCAUAAUUUAAUUCAGACUCAACUAUUACAAAAACUUUAGCUAUAAAAUAUAUUUAGAAAAUAACUAACUGAGCACUAAUCACCAAGGUUAAUUUAUUCCUUAUUGGUCCGGAUAAAAUGUCUUAUUCAAAUCAAGAUCUGUUUUGAGGGAGACCUGCUCUUCAAAGCAGCAGGGCUUACAAUAAAAUACAUAUCAAUAAGCAUAUAAAACUAAAGAAAUACAUCAGAUAUGAAGAAAAAACAUAUGAACAUUUACUUUACUAACUAGCAUACAAACUGUUUCUGAUUAAGAACUGAUUUGUUCCUGUAUAACUGAACACAAUUUUAGGGCUGUUGUAAAGUGUUUCUUCUACAGUCCAUACUAAAUUACCUAAUGUUUCUUAGCCAACAUUUUUUUUAGCUUAUAUUUUGAAUUGUAAAGCAAUUUAGUCCUUUGUGUGUUUUAACUGGCCCCCAUCCAGUUCGACUUGCGUUCAGUCAAAUGAAGCCAGACGUCGGUCGACAUUUCAGUGGUGAGAUGCACUGCACUCUGGUGUUCAGGGCCAAAACAUGGAACCUACUUUUCUUUUGUAAAGCCAUCUUUCUGAUAUUAGACCUAGUAACUAAUAGUUGGCGAUUAAAACCACUUAUGCAAAGAAAAGCUAGGCACACUAUGAAUUAAGAAUUUACCAUUACUUUAAAAAUGUUACUUAUAGUCAACAAAGAUUAAAAAGAGUAUCCAAUGCACUAACUUGGCAAUCCUACAUAUUUUUUUUGUCUUAGCAUACAUUUUGUUCACUGUUGAGUUGUACCUAAAAGGGGCCCAACAUUUGCUCUUAGCUCACACGUAAAAAGUAUGCAAACUCAUGUCUGACAGGCUUCAUAAGUGUAACCAUGUACAAGUUUGUGAGGCGGUUGCAAACAGAAACUCCAGCUGAGAUUACACUGCAUGAAACUGUAUCUGUGAGCUGUGAGGUGGCCAUUUAGGUUCAAAGUACUGUCUGCCUCAGGUCAGUGUCAGUCCUCGCAAAGCUUCUGCUCCACUUUUCUGCAAGCAACAGGGGGGAACAAAUACAGUGUUUAAGUUUUCUAUUUCUCUGGUUUGCAUAGAACUCUAAAAAUCAAAGCCAGAGGAAGAAAUUGUUCACAAUCAGCUGCACAGAUGCACAUCCUCAACAAAUAGAAUAUAACAUUACUUUUGAGUUUUUACUUACAAGUGACAUAUGAAUUUAAGUGAACUCUGUAAAAAACACAAAGUGUCAAACAUUUCUGAAGGAAAACAGAGGCCAAUUUUCUUAAUGCAAUUGUCAUUGCAAAGUUAAUUUUUUUGUAAAAUCUGCUGCUCUUUUUUUGUUGUAAAACUCCCUUUUGCUUAAUUGCCUCAAACAAUAGCUCUUUUGGAGACGAGUGCUGGGUUUGUUUUCUGUUCUUUGAUUGUGGUGCCACAAAUAAUUUAAGACUGAACACAACUGUUGGGAUUUUUCUUUCUCUGACAACCUAAAUGUCUUGUUUUGAUGACGUCCUAAACACGGAUAACUAUGUUUGCUUUUUCCUUCUUGUUGACACCUUUUAUAUUCCCAGACUGUGACAAAAUGCCAAGUUCUGACUGCUUUUACUCAUCCCUAUGUUCUGCUGGUGGCAUAAGAUAUGGGAGUCUAAUUUUAGACAAAUUAAUCCAUCUUUUUGUCAAUAGCUGCAAGAGUCAUGAUGAACCUCCAGCAUUCCUUUUUGAUUACAAAAUACAGGCCUACUUCAGAAGCCUGGAUUAUGCAAUGCAACUAACUCCAAGCUGGAAAAAAAGAGAAAACAAGUGGUCGACAGACGAAAAAAAUAAAAUAAACGGGAUACUAUGCCCUUGUGUUUCAAAAACAACAGAGAAGUUGCCUUAAAUCUUGCUUGUAUAAUCUCCACAGCUAGACAAUGAUCUUUGCUUGUAAAGACAACUCUCCCUUCUUUGUACAAAAGGAAACAACUUUGUUAUCUUGCUAGUGUCAAUGUAUAGAUGAUCAGCUUUUUUUCUGUAACUUGUAUGAACUGUCACAUUUUUGCUAAGAAGAAAAUCUCAAUGUUCCUUAGUCCCUCUCCUCCCCAACAUGCAAUAUGUGCGACGUUAUGAACUCGUGGUGGACUGUCAAUCUUUUUGUGUGCAUUUUACGGUAUUAUUUAUUGUCAACAUGUUUUGAAUUUGCAAAUAAUAGGAAAGAGACAGUUUGACAUGAACCUGACCUUCAAUUUUUAAACUGGAGGCAUUGCUGAUAAAAGGAGGACUUUUUAUUAUGACUUUGUACAUAACAUGUGGCCAAACUUGCUUUGGAGAAAAAAAGAACUAAUUUUGUGUUGUAACAGUUAUUGUUUAAUUAAAGUGAAUUACUCAUGAAGAGAAAUAAAUAAGAGGCACACACAA